AACUAACAUGAUCAGUAUCGUUUUGAUUUACAUCUCAAGUCCUGAAAGCCGAACGUCGAAAAGUUCUCUGAUCCCUUCCCUGCUGUCGCUACGUAGAUACAACAUACGUCAUGGCAAAACUGGAGCCUAAAGGUCCAUUAGGCAAGGCUGAAAAGCCCAAGUUCUCACAUUUCCUCACCUCUCCCCUCGUAACUGUCACUAUUGCCAAGUCGAGAACAUUCUACCUCCAUUUCGACCUUCUUGUUGCCGAAUCAGAUAUGUUUUCCAACAGCCUGACUGGCAGGUUCAAGGAAGCAGAGGAGAAAGCCAUUGAAUUGGAGGAUGAAGAUCCCGAGACUUUUGGAUUCUUUGUCGAAUACCUUUACCGCAAUCAAUCAAUUCUUUCCCGCGAUGUCGCGCAUUACUCCGAAUAUGUGACCCUGGCGCGCCUCUAUGUCAUGGGAGAACGCCUUAUGGCACCAAGAUUUCAGGCCUACACUUUGUGGAGGUUCGUCCAGACACUAGGGACCAACACACAUAUCUCAGAAGAGAGCGUUUGUGAACUGCUCCGGGUUGCGUGUGAGGAAAUUGCGGAAAGAGUUAGAGAGGAUCCUAUGAGGGCUCACAUCUUCUGGUAUGCAGGGGCCCAAAUCAGCAAGCUCCAGAAGUCUAGCCUGUUUCGUCAGCUGUUAUGCGACACUCCGGAUUUGGGCAGCUAUCUAUGCUUAUGGGUGGGCCAAGGUCAACCAAAAAAACCAGACGUGCCAAAUGAGCUCAAAUACCAGAAGUUUGCGCCUGAGAGCGAGCACUCCCUACAACGCUACUCCGAGGCCUCCUCAAAAGCUGAAUAG